CAAACAAAAUGUUGAAGCCUCAACUUCAACAAUCAUCACAAUCUACAAAAACCCUAAUUCCAUCUUGGAAUACUAAUCCAUUAUUCUUAGCCUCUUUUCCCAUAAAUAUUUUAAAUAAAAACUUUAGACUAAAAAAAAAGAAUAAUUUUGGGGUUCGUCAUAAUUAUAAUGGUGCAAAUACCACUAAGGCUGUGGUUAGUUCUACUGUAAAAUCCACAAGUGUUAAAGCUGUGGUGACUGUCCAAAAACAAGUUAAUUUGAGUUUAUCAAGAGGAUUUGAUGAUAUUGGUGAUUUACUUGGUAAAUCACUACUUUUGUGGAUUGUUGCUGCUGAGCUUGAUCAUAAGACUGGAAUUGAGAAGCCAGGCAUUAGGGCAUAUGCACAUCGUGGACGAGAUGUGGAUGGCGACACACAUUAUGAGGCUGAUUUUGUAAUUCCUGAAGACUUUGGGGAGGUUGGUGCAAUUUUAGUAGAAAAUGAGCACCACAAGGAAAUGUAUGUGAAGAAUAUAGUAAUUGACGGUUUUGUCCAUGGCAAAGUUGAAAUUACAUGCAACUCUUGGGUUCAUUCCAAAUUUGAUAAUCCUGAUAAAAGGAUUUUCUUCACAAAUAAGUCAUAUUUACCAUCUCAAACCCCAAGUGGAGUAAGUAGGUUAAGAGAGGAAGAACUUGUGACAUUAAGAGGUGAUGGAAUUGGAGAAAGAAAAGUAUUUGAGAGGAUUUAUGAUUAUGAUGUUUAUAAUGAUCUUGGAGAAGCUAAUGGUAAUGGUGAUGCUAAGAGACCAGUACUUGGUGGAAAAGAAUUACCUUAUCCUAGAAGGUGUAGAACCGGUAGACCAAGAAGUAAAAAAGAUCCAUUAUCUGAAACAAGGAGUACCUUUGUGUACGUACCAAGAGAUGAAGCAUUUUCAGAAGUGAAGAGUUUAACAUUCUCCGGCAACACCGUUUACUCCGUCCUACACGCGGUGGUGCCCGCGUUGGAAUCGGUCGUAACCGAUCCCAACCUCGGGUUUCCACAUUUUCCGGCCAUUGACUCGCUUUUCAAUGUCGGUGUUGAUCUACCAGGACUUGGAGAUAAAAAAAGUGGCCUUUUUAACGUCGUACCAAGACUUAUUAAGGCUAUUUCUGAUACUAGAAAAGAUGUCUUGCUCUUUGAAUCCCCUCAAUUGGUUCAAAGGGACAAAUUUUCUUGGUUUAGAGAUGUGGAAUUUGCUCGACAAACCUUGGCUGGUUUGAAUCCAUACAGUAUCCGAUUGGUUACGGAAUGGCCAUUGAGGAGCAAGCUAGACCCUAAAGUGUAUGGACCUCCUGAAUCAGAAAUCACAAAAGAGCUAAUUGAGAAAGAAAUUGGAAACUAUAUGACUGUUGAACAGGCAGUUCAACAAAAGAAGUUGUUCAUCCUAGAUUACCAUGAUUUGUUGUUGCCAUAUGUGAACAAAGUGAAUGAACUCAAAGGGUCAGUAUUAUAUGGAUCAAGAACUAUAUUCUUCUUGACACCUGAAGGCACAUUGAAACCUUUGGCAAUUGAGCUAACUAGGCCACCAGUAGAUGAUAAACCUCAAUGGAAGGAAGUUUAUUCCCCAAAUGAUUGGAAUGCCACUGGGGCUUGGCUAUGGAAAUUGGCCAAAGCUCAUGUUCUUUCUCAUGACUCUGGCUAUCAUCAACUAGUUAGUCACUGGCUAAGAACUCAUUGUUGUACAGAGCCAUACAUUAUUGCAUCAAAUAGGCAACUAAGUGCAAUGCAUCCAAUAUAUAGAUUGCUGCAUCCUCAUUUCAGAUACACAAUGGAGAUAAAUGCCUUAGCUAGAGAAGCACUUAUUAAUGCUAAUGGUAUUAUUGAGAGUUCAUUUUUCCCAGGCAAGUAUGCAAUUGAGUUGAGUUCUAUUGCCUAUGGUGCUGAAUGGAGAUUUGACCAAGAGGCACUCCCACAAAACCUUAUUAGUAGGGGAUUGGCAGUGGAAGAUCCAAAUGAACCACAUGGAUUGAAACUAGCAAUAGAAGAUUACCCUUUUGCUAAUGAUGGAUUAGUACUUUGGGACAUACUUAAACAAUGGGUAACAAAUUAUGUAAACCAUUAUUAUCCACAAACAAAUCUUAUUGAAUCUGAUAAAGAACUCCAAGCUUGGUGGUCAGAGAUUAAAAAUAUUGGACAUGGUGACAAGAGAAAUGAGCCAUGGUGGCCAGAGUUAAAAACCCCAAAUAACGUGGUUUAGCUAGGUCAAAAUUUUAGUUUAGGUAUAUAUACUAUAUGUCCUUGGGCGCUCGGCCCUCAUCAUAUUAACUAUUCUAUUACAUAUGUAGGCUACUUUCCAAAUAGGCCAACAGUUGCUAGAUCAAAAAUGCCAACUGAGGAUCCAACAGCUGAAGAAUGGGAGUGGUUCAUGAAUAAGCCUGAGGAGGCACUACUAAGAUGCUUCCCUUCACAAAUUCAAGCAACAAAAGUGAUGACAAUUUUGGAUGUCUUAUCAAACCAUUCACCAGAUGAAGAAUAUAUUGGUGAAAAGAUUGAGCCUUAUUGGGCUGAAGACCCCGUAAUUAACGCGGCGUUCGAGGUGUUUUCGGGGAAAUUGAAGGAGCUUGAAGGGAUUAUUGAUGCUAGAAAUAAUGAUAGUAAGUUGAAUAAUAGAAAUGGAGCUGGAGUUAUGCCAUAUGAAUUGUUGAAACCAUAUUCUGAACCUGGAGUUACUGGAAAAGGUGUACCUUAUAGUAUUUCCAUUUGAUUUUU